AUGAAACUACCAUUUGAAGAUAAUAGUUUUGAUCAUGUUUAUACUAUUGAAGCUGCAAAAUGUUUUGCUGAAGUUAUUCAUGUACUUAAACCAGGAGGUUCUUUAGUUGGUUAUGAUUGGUGUUUCACUGAUAAAUAUGAUAGUCAAAAUUGUGAUCAUGUUGAAACAAAACGAUUAAUUGAAGAAGGUGAUGCAUUACCUGAUUUAAAAUCUACAUAUCAAUUGGUUGCAGAUCUGAAAUCUGUUGGAUUUACUAUUGCAGAAAGUCGAAUAAUUCCAGAAGGUGAUAUUUCAUGGUAUCAACCAUUAAAAGAUGGAGAUUCAUUUUUUACAUUAAACAAUUUUCGUACAAGUUUUCUUGGACCUGCUCAAGGUAGUCUAGCAACUCUUAAUAUACUUGAAACAGCAAGAGAUGGCAUAAUACGUGGUGGUGAAAGUGUUAUAUUUACACGUUAUUUCUUUUUUCUGGCAAGAAAAUCUUGA